CGCGCACACGGAUUCACCGCUGCCUGGAAACAGAGCACGUGAGUAAUCCCUGAAUCACGUGACCAAUAGUUUUAGUCAUGGCCGACGACUACAGGCGACAAGGCUUUGACUUGGAAAGAAGAAUAUUUGAGUUAGACGUCAAGUGUUCUAGUCUCAGAACGGAGAAACAAGAUGAUGACUAUUUACAGAAUGCGUCUGCCAUACUAGACAAGUUGAAAAGCUACUACAGACAAGGAGGGGAAAGUAGCAAUCUCUCCAAACUGCUUCAGGAUUACACACAGGUGAUUCUAGACAUUACAUUUUAUGAAGAGAAUAAAUUGGUGGAUCAAGAGUUCCCUGAAGACUCUUCCCCAUUUAAAAUCCAGCAGCUGCUGCAAGACUUGACUGAGCCAGAGGUUCUGGCAGGGAGGCUCGCACCUGCACAAGAGGUGCAGUCUGUGUUGGGCCUAGAGCUGUUAGAAUGUCUCUAUUGGAGACGUGGCGCUCUGCUGUACAUGUAUUGUCACACCCUUCAUCAGCGGAAACAGUGGAUCAAGAAAAACAAGGACACAUUCCUUAAGUGUAUUCAGGAAGGUGUCCGUUAUCUGAUGAGGAUGCUGCAGGUGAGAAACUCUGUGAAACUCAACGAUGGAGUUGUGUUCCAUGACACUGCUACGGCAAGCUUCCUAUCUGAAGGCAUCUUUUCAGACACACACCUGCUGACAAUGAUGUAUAUUGGGGAAAUGUGUUUCUGGGCAGUCAAGUAUGAGGACUGCAGUGCUGAGAGUAUGGAUCGCAAAGAAGAUCGCCUUCAGUUUCGGGACAUUGGUACCCAGAUCCUCAACAAAUAUGUGCUUGCUUGUGAGGGCCCUUUACAGGGCCAGGGAUGGAACACUGAGAAUGCCAAGGAAAUUCUUAGUAUUUUACAGUGAACCAAUUUGCUCCUGUGUUGAAGUUGCCCUCAGGCACAGAUCAAAGUUCAGUAUUCAGUAUGUGUGUCAAGCCUAAAUAAAAACAGAACCCAUUGGGUGGGGUGCAUUGUUAUAGAAGGAAUAUAGGGUAGACACAAGGUUAACAUCAAGAGAAGAUACUUUCGAUCACUGUCUACAGGCAGCCUCAUCCCAUGCCAAACGAUGCAGGCCAAAGCAGGUAAAGGAAAGGUUAGAGGUUGUAAGAUUGGUGGUGUAAAGCUGGCAGGGAUUGCACAGGAGUCUAAGUUUCCUUUUUCCCUUCCUGUACUGCUAAAAAAAGCAGUUCAGCAGUUGUCACUCUCAUUCCAGACUGUUGACUGGCGAACUUGAUUUGCUCUAAGAAUGUGUUAUAAUAACCUUAAUAUAAAACAUUAAUAUUUUGAGAUUUUUUUAUUGUUACAAAUUUAAAGAUAAUCCAGCUGUAAGAGAGACAUUGCAUAGUAACAGUUUAUUUAUUGUUUUGUUGACAUUCAUGCUUUUAAUAUAUUAUUACAUAUACAUUAAAGAUGUAUGUGUAAAGGAUAUUCAGAGAAAGAAAGGUGUUUGACAAUGAUGUAUUCAUGACCGUUGAAUUCUGUUCACAUUUGUUGAUAUCAGCUGUGUAAUGCACACUUGUAUUCUCAUCUAUUGCAAAGUCCAUUUUUUUCUGCCACUUGAACUUUGAUAGUAUAACUAUUAAUAUAAUUUAAGUGUUGUUUGGACAAAUCAUUUUUUUUAUGUCCUCAUUGACAAUAAAUGCGCGUUUUAAGAAAAGAAA